AUGGACGAAUUUAUCAAACAAGCUGCCUCCGCUGCCGGUGUCGACGAAGCCCAAGCGAAGAAGUUUGUGGGCAUGGUCCUCGAGCAAAUCCAAAAGAAGUCACCGGAAGAAGUCACUACCGAAAUGGACUCCAAGAUUCCUGGAGCCAGAGCUGUUAUUGACGAGAGCGUCAACCAGAAGGAUGAAAAGGAAAUGCCCUGCAUGCCCGUCCUUGAUAUGAUCAAGAAUUUGAUUGAUCAAUUGACCGGUGGAAAUGCUGGCAUGCUUGAAAUUGUUCAAAAGUCGGGAGUGACACCGGAACAAGGUACCGACAUGCUCAAGAAGAUUUUGGCUUUCCUCGAGGAGAAGCUUGGUGCUGAAACGGUUAAAAAGAUCACUGCCCAGGUCCCUGCUCUUUCCAAAAUCACUGCUUAA